CAAAAUAAUGCCACACACGAUCGAAGUAGAACGUAAAAAUGUCAUUCUAUUUACCAGAUUUAUAAUUCGAUUUUCUUUGGCUUUGGCACACUUUAAUCCAAAUCCGAUAAUGUGAGUGACAUUAUCAUCAUCAUACAAGAUAAAGUGCAAACGAUAUACACGUGUGAAGUUGUUAUAUGUAACAUAACCUGUUAUAUUCGACAUUCGAUUGUUCAAUAUAUUUAGUGCGGGGGCCUAUAAUUAAUUAUGGAUCCGCAAAUUCAGCAAAAGGUCUUACAAUUUGAGACCUUCGUAAACGACGUACUGAAAGCCGACCUUGCGAAAUUGGCCGAAAAACUAGACGCUAGGAAUACUGACGUCACCGAAUUUCUGCAACUGAAAUCGAUGAUAACAACGUUUCAAAAUACAAAUGUCGAAAAAACCGGAUUCAAGACCAAAGUCGAUAUCGGAAAUAACUUCUUUAUUCAAGCACACGUUCCAGAUGCUUCUAAGAUCUUAUUGGAUGUUGGUUUGGGGCACUACAUUGAAUUCACUUUGGGCGAAGCCUUAGUCGUUAUUAAUAUACGAAUUAAGUUACUUGAGCAACAAAUCGCGAAUUUACGAAGCGCGAUUGCAAGAACUAACGCUCAUAUUAAGUUAAUUCUUAUCACCAUUAGAGAUUUACAAGGGAUGAGAGAAGAUGUUUGAUAAAAACUACUGUGACAAAAGAAACUUAAUAUAAGAAUAUUAAAAUGUAACUUUAUUUUGUUCCUAACAGGUAAGAGAAUUGCUCUGUAUAUGCUCACUAGGUGUGUACAUGUGACAGUAAUAUGUAAUUUAUUUUUAUAAAUUUAUAAAUAAACUCGUAGAAAAAAAGUAGUUCCAUAUAUUUUAAAA